GGAUAGGGGGAAGGUACGCAAGAGGGAGAAGCUGGCUGCUGGUGGCGAAGAUGGCGGAUGGAGACAGCGGGAGCGAGCGCGGUGGUAGUAGUGGUGGCGGAGGUGGCGGCGGAGGCGGGUUUCAGCACUUUCAACGGGAGCAAGAAACCCAGGAGCUGGCGUCCAAGCGACUGGACAUCCAAAACAAGCGCUUUUACCUGGACGUGAAACAAAACUCGAAGGGAAGGUUCAUCAAGAUCGCCGAGGUCGGAGCUGGGGGCUCCAAAAGUCGACUGACCCUUUCCAUGUCAGUGGCGACGGAGUUUCGUGACUACUUGGGGGAUUUCAUAGAGCACUACGCCCAGCUGGGGCCCAGCAGCCCCGAGCAGAUCGCGCAGUCUUCUGGAGGGGAGGACGGCGGGCCUCGGCGGGCCUUAAAAAGUGAGUUCUUGGUGAGAGAAAACAGAAAAUACUACCUCGAUCUAAAAGAGAACCAGCGCGGGAGGUUCCUUCGGAUCCGGCAAACCGUUAACCGUGGGCCCGGCUUCGGGGUGGCAGGGGGAGGCCCGGGCGGCGGUAUGCAGUCCGGCCAGACCAUCGCCCUUCCCGCGCAGGGCUUGAUAGAGUUCCGAGACGCCCUGGCCAAGCUCAUAGACGACUACGGCGGGGACGACGAGGACUUGGCCGGCGGCGGGGGAGCCGGAGGCUACGGCGAGCUGCCCGAAGGCACGUCUAUCAUGGUGGACUCGAAGCGCUUCUUCUUCGACGUGGGGUCCAAUAAGUACGGGGUGUUCCUGCGGGUGAGCGAGGUGAAGCCGAGCUACAGGAACUCCAUCACCGUCCCGUUCAAAGCGUGGAGCAAGUUCGGCGGCGCCUUCUGCCGCUACGCCGAGGAGAUGAAGGAGAUCCAGGAGCGGCAGAGGGACAAAAUGUACGAGCGGAGGGCGGACGAGUCGGAGGGCGACGACGCGGAGGACGACUGAGGCAGCGCGCGCACGAGCGCGCGGCCACCCGCCGCCGGACAUUCGUGACUAAUAUCGUGGAGUAAAGUAAUACAGUAGAGCGGACUGAGACGUAGCGGAGAACGAAUCGUGUGUUUAAAACAAAAGAAAGAAAGAAAAAAAGAAAUUUAAAAAAAAAAAAGGGGGAUAGGGGGGUAGGUGGCGAGCUGAGCUGAGCUGAUAGUGAGUGAAACCGAGGUGCUCAUCGGGCGCGAACAACUUUAGUUUCAUGGUCACAUGUGUGAAAUAGCCUUCCCUCCCUUUGUAAGCCAGCAGCUCAGUUUCACAGCCUCUAUAGCUAACACAGCAGCUUCUUGUUAAAGCCCUUGUUUUAUUACAAACAAACACACACAGAAAAAAAAUUAUAUAUAUAUAUUAUACAUACACAUAAAUAUAUAUUUAUACAUUGAGACAGUUUCCCAGACCUUGGCGGUUGGGUAGCAAAAAUCCUAUAAAAGAUUGCAGAGUAUAUAGGUGUGUAUAGGCCUGUUGAAAGAGUUAGAUGGCGCCUCAGUCGUGCGACUCAUCGGACAGAGAAAGGCCUCUACCUCCACGGUCCACAUGCGUGCGGCCGCUCUGAGGACGGGUUCGAGCCAAUCUCACGGUAGUUUUUUUAAAAAAAAAAAAAAAAACUUCCGCUUGCAAUCGAGUUCCUUAGUGACGGCACAUCCAUAUCAGAAAACUGGAAUAUUUGGCUGGGAUAAAAUGUGAUUCACCUCAAUAACUCUUCAGAAAAAAAAAAAAAAAUCUUCAGCUGGCCAACCACCUCAUCUAGAAUCUCUGCAGUGUCGUCAUUUGCGCCGUUAGGGCCGUAACUUCAGCUCGAUUUGUAACCAAAAGUCUAUUUUGCGAGACGUGCACGUUCGCCAUCUGAACAAAUGGUCCCGGACCUCCCGAAAGUUGUACAACACCUCAAAGCCAGGAAAAGAGCAAGCACGUUGGCCCUGGAAUCGCCACAGUGCCGCCCAGUAAGGGGCUACGGAUGACUGUUUGCACUUUCAUUUGGAAUUUUAAGGACUAACCAUAGGACUCUUUGUUUUUUUUUUUUUUUUUUUUUUCCUUUCAUUCAAGGGAAUCACCUUUUAAUCCGUCAACCUUGGAACUGUUUGCAAGGCCGCAUCGGUAAUUCUUCAACUUUGCCCUUGCGUGGACUGAGUAAUUGGUUUCAUCGAACAACUUCUUCGACGUCUGCAGUUGUGUUUUGGACAGAGAUGCAUGGAUGGAUGAAUUUAAGAAAACUAUACCGAAAUGAGAUUAUACUUUAAAAAGAAAAACUGAAUUAACCAGCACAGAAUUAUUUUUUAAAUAAGUGUAAAGUAUAUAUAAAAUACAGAAUUCUUAAUGCUAAGGUUUAUUUAAACACACUAAGCUGGGAUGCAGAUUUGACAUGACCCCCCCCCCCCCCCCCCCCUUUACAGUUUCUUUUAUUUCCAAGAAAUAAUGGAAGAGUACAGCAGCUCUAUUAUUAAAAAAAAUCAUAUAACAAAAUACCUUGCCUGUAUACGUUAGGUAUAUUAGAUCCCUGUUAUCCCGUCCUCAUAAUAAAUACCCAGCUCAUUCUGUGUAAGUCCAGAACUUUUCCACAUCUGAAGUGAGUAGCUUGCUGUUCGUUUUCAGUUACUUCUGUUAAGUUAGCGUAAGAUUUUCCACAUCCAGAUGUCUGCAGCGGUCCUUUCAGUAUGUUAAAAUUUGCAUGCCUGUUCCAUUUUGGAGCUGCCUUGUGUUAAUUUAUUACAUAUUCUGAAUAAUGUAAUGUUGGUAUUAAUCAACUCUACACAUCUUAUUUACUUUUUGAGCAGAAAAGUGUAUAUUGAGCAAAAACAGUUCAGUGGGCAACAUUUGAAUCUUGUGGCAGUCUAUUUUUCAUUACCAUUGCAGAACAGCUUUCAUUGUGACUUUCUGGAUAACAAAAUUUACAGUUUAUUAAUCCAGCAGACUAGAAUGUGUUAUUCUCUUUGCCACAUGUUUUUGCACUUUAAAAAGUAUUUUUUACCCUACUGUUGACAGUCCAUUUAACUUGAUGUGAAAGUUUUCCUUCCCUUUUAAUUUUACUCUUCUCCACAGCAAAGAAUUUAUGAAACCAUAUGGGAGCAAUAGUUUUUUAUUAAUUUUGAGUGUAUACUCUAUAUACUCAUGUCCAAUUAUUUCAUAUAUAUAAUAUAUAUAAUGUAUAUAUUAUAUAUAUUAAUGUUAACUAUAUUCUUAUUCCUGUACUUUGUUACGUGAAAUGGCAGCUGUUUCAUGUGUGUCCUGCUGUAAUACUCUUACCAAGUUUUUCGAUAAAUAAAGAAUUCUUUGCUGAGGAAA